AUGCCAUAUCAACAUAUUUCUUAUGAAGAAGAAUUAAAACUUAAACAACGUCAACUUGAAAGUCGAUUUCAAUCAGUAGCUAAAACACUUUUUUAUGAUCGAGCACUUCAUCCAUCUAUACGUAAAUUAAUUCGAACAAAUGAUGUUAAUUUAUGUCCUAUUCGAGAUAUUGAACGAACUUCAGCAACAAGUGAAUAUUUAACCUCAUGUAUGGCUGAUUUAGGUAAAACACGUUCAGGCAAUUUAGCACUUGGAAUACCUAAUCGAUCAACUGCAAAUGAUUAUUCAACAUCAAAUGAAGAUAAUCAGACGAUGUUAGUUUUACCUAUUGAUGAUGUAGAUAUAUACAAAAAACGUGAUCGAUUGAUUAUUAAACAUUAUUAUGAAUUUCUUCAAAAAGAAGUAAAAGAUAUCUCGAAUACUGAAUAUGUUUUACAUCAUUGGCGACCAAUACGUAUUUAUACAAAUAAAAAAGAUCAAAAAAUUGUUGUUAUUGGUUAUUUUGAUCGAAAAAUUAAUAAUUCAGAACGUCAAGCAGCUAAAGAACGUUUAUUAAAAUAUUUUGAGAAUGGUCCAGGACGAGAAUGUCAUAUAGAUCAUUUAUAUUUUGAACGACGAUCUCAACGUUGGCCAAUUAUUGUUAAUGAAACAUCCUAUGAAAAGAUUAUCGGUGAUAAAAAUAAAGCAUUUCAUUAUGAUUUAUUUGAUAUGAAAUUUGAACCAAAUUUACAAUCCUAUGGAAUAUCAAAUCUAACAGCUUAUGAAUCAAUUUAUGCUGAAGUAUUAAAAUUAUGUAAUUUUGACCCAACAUCAACUGUAUUUCUUCAAUAUUAUUCUGAUAUUGGUGUUUUACCAUUGAUUGCUAGCCAACAUGCAGAUCAAUGUUAUGGUCUUGAUCCGAGUCGAUUUGCAAUAAAAACAGCAACAAAAACACAAGAAAAAUAUCCACAUACACAAAAUGUUCAAUUUAGUAUUUGUACAAAAAAAGAUGAAUUUAAAACAAUAUUAACAAAAAUUGAACAGAAUAAAAAGAAAAAUGCUUCAUUAACAUGUAUUUUUGGACCGCCUAGAAGUGAGCUCGAUCGACAAGAUUUACGACAAAAUAAAUCUAUUGUUAAUGUCCUACGUGAAUGUGAUCUUAUUGAUCGAUUAAUUAUUGUUAAUCGUGGUAUUAAUUCUUCUGUUCUACAUUUACUUUAUAGUUUGUCCGGUGGUGAAAGUACAACACACAAAAUAUCUGGUCCACCAUUUAAACCUGUCAUCAUUAUACCAUUUGAUGCAAAUCCUCGAUCAGCACUCUUGCCAGACUUUCUAACACUUUAUGAGCGUGAUUAA